AUGAUGAUUCUUCAGGUUCAAAAAAACCACAUAACGAAGAGACUAAUGUCGGCGACCCAAAGUUUCGAUCUUAUUGUGAUUGGAGGAGGAUCCGGAGGUCUUUCUUGCUCGAAAAGGGCCUCUGAUCUCGGAGCCAAAGUGGCUCUCAUUGACGGUGUCGAACCGACGCCCCAUGGAGUCACGUGGGGAAUCGGAGGAACGUGCGCCAACGUGGGAUGCAUUCCGAAGAAGCUGAUGCACCAGGCAGCGCUGGUUGGCAAAGAGGUCACUGUGCAAGGGACGUUCAACGUGCAUCAUGUCUAUUUUCAGUUGAAAACGGCCGAUACGUACGGAUGGAACGGGCUGGAUCAGACGAAGAUCGCGCACGAAUGGAAUGUUCUGGUGAAGAAUGUGAACGACCGAAUCAAGGGGAACAGCUUUGUGUACAGAGUGCAAUUGAAUCAAAAGUAAAAGGGAAAUCAAUUGGGAGGAAAAGCAUUUUCUGUUUCAGAGGAAUCAAGUACUUCAAAGGAUUCGCCGAGUUCGUAGAUCAUUCAACCGUCCUCGUCACCGGCGUCGACAAGAACAACACGAGGGUCUGCGAAGACGCCUUUCCCGAAGUGAUAUGGUUUUUUCAGACUAUCCUGACUGCUCCGAACGUCGUCAUUUCCACGGGGCUACGUCCGACCUACCCGGACAUUCCCGGCGCGGAACUCGGAAUCUCUUCCGAUGACCUUUUCUCUCUUCCAGCUGCUCCUGGAAAGACACUUCUGGUUGGAGGUUCGCCGUCUUUCUUGACCUCUCUAAUAAAUGAGUUCAGGCGGAUACGUGGCUUUGGAAUGCGCUGGAUUCCUUGCGGGAGUACAGCAAGAAGUGGAAGUACUCGUCCGAUCGUCUCCAUUGAAAGGAUUCGACAAAGUCAGAACUCGACAGGAGAUGAGAAACAAACAUUACAUUUCAGGACUGUGUCAGAAUGGUGAUGGAGAAUCUUAAAUCGAACGGAGUGAAAGUGAGAGAGCACGUGGAAGUGGAGAAAGUGGAAGACGUGGGAGGAAAGAGAAGAGUGACAUUCACUAAGAAUGGAGGAGUGGAAGUCUACGACACGGUCAUCUGGGCGGCCGGGAGAACCCCGAGAUUAGAGAAAGUGAAAUUGGCGAAUGUGGGUGUGAAGACGGACCCGAAGAGCGGACGGAUUCUGGCGGAUGGUCACGAUAAGACGUCAACGAAAGGCAUUUAUGCGGUCGGAGAUAUUGUGGAGGUAAGGAAUCGGAAAUGAUUAAAUGUGAUUCAUCCAUUCUUCAGGGACGACAAGAACUCACUCCGUUGGCAAUUCAAUCCGGAAGACUUCUGGCCGAACGACUGUUCGCAAAGGCGAAACGUACGGUUCGAUUCGACGGUAUCGCCACGACAGUCUUCACUCCUUUGGAACUGUCCACUGUCGGACUGACCGAGGAAGAAGCGGUCAAGAAGUACGGGGAGGACGCAAUCGAAGUGUUCCAUUCGCACUACACUCCGUUCGAGUACAUUGUCCCCCAGAACAAAGAUAAGCAGUUCUGCUACGUGAAAGCUGUGUGCCUCAGAGACGAACCCCAAAAGGUGCUUGGCCUUCAUUUCGUGGGCCCUAAUGCAGCCGAAGUCAUGCAAGGUUCCAUAACCUCAUCCAGUUACCCAUAAACUCCGUUCAAUUUCUAGGCUAUGCCGUCGCGUUCCGUGCCGGAAUAACUUACUCGGAUCUGGAGCUCACGGUCGCCAUCCAUCCAUGCUCCGCCGAAGAAUUCGUCAAACUGACUAUCACCAAACGCUCUGGGGAUGAUCCGACCACUCAAGGAUGCUGCGGAUAA